GUUUAAGGAAAGCUUAGUUAAGGAAAUAUGAGGAAACCCCAGAAUGUGUUGGUGCAACCCAGAAAAUUUUAGGCGAUCUUCAAAUUUUAAUGUCUCCUUUGUAAUUCUAUCCUUAAGAAAAUAUUGGUGCAAUCGGCCAUAACCGUAGCAAAAAACCAACAACAGUCUCAGAUUUGUGCGAAGAGCCGGCAACGUCGCAUGCGGUGGUUGUGCACAAUCUGGCAUCCAGAAAAAAUGACGAUUGACAAUCAACCGUGUUGCCGAAUGGAUGGCACCAUGGCACGUGACUAAACUUUCUUCAGUGCAUAUGUUUUGUGAUAUGGUGCAGACUUUAUGUAUAGGAAACAGGAUCUCAUUCUGUAUUACUUAAAAUGGUCAUGUGAAGAUGAAUGCAAGUACGAGUGUAUGUGGAAAACAGUUAAAGCCUUUAAUGACAGGAACUGGAGAACUCCACAGUUCUAUGGAAAAUGGCCAUUUGUGAGGUUCCUGGGCAUGCAAGAACCAGCUUCAGUGGUAUUUUCUAUCUUAAAUGCAUACUUUCAUUUCAAUAUGAUGAACAAGUUUCGUAAGGAAGUAAGACCUGAUAGUCCAUUGACAUUGCUAUGGCAUAUAUAUUUUAUGGUGCUGCUACUCAGAUUUAGUCGAAACAUGAAUAAAAAGUUCGAAAUUUGGAACUUCUUCUCAGAUGAAGAUAACGGCAAAGCAAAAUGUAACAUAUGCAAAUGUGUAUUUUCAUAUAGAACAUCAGUUAGUAAUUUAAAAUCGCAUAUUGUUAGAAAACAUCCAUCUGUGAAACUGGGUCAACUAGAACGUUUUCAAAAAAGAAGAGAUGUGCAACAAAAUAGUUCUCAAACUAUAGAAGGUUCUUCUUCAACUCCUAGUGAAGUCUCUAGUGAGAACACUCCAACACCCCGUUCAUCAAUAAUGAGUCGUCGUUGCCAUCAACUUCCAGUGAAUCAUCUUCAUCAUUAGGCGCAAUUGGUUUGGCUCGAUCUGAAGUUAGAAAAUUACAACAGUAGGUCAAGUCAGCAUACGCCCCAAAAAGAAUCUCAAUGAUCCAACAAAUAAAAUUAGAUCACCUUUUGUUAAAUCUCGUAAUCAAAGAUUUCCAGCCAUUUUCCGUAGUAGAAGAUAGUGGUUUUAGAGAAUUUAUACACGCUUUAAAUUCGACGUACAAAUUGCCAACAAGAAAAACGUUAAGCAAGGUUCUUCUUCCAGCAAUAUUUGAAGAAAUACACCUUAAAGUUUCGGACAUUUUAAGGGAUGUCAUAUCAAUUACCAUAACAACUGACUGCUGGACAUCUCGCAACACAGAUAGUGUAAUGGCGGUAACAGGGAAUUUUAUAAAUAGUAGAAGUGAAAUCUGUCCUUUUGGAAUGUGUUGGAUAUGAGGGAGGUCACAGCAGCACAAAUUUAGCAGAUAAUCUUAGAAAAGUGAUAUCAAAUUGGAAUAUAUGUGAACAGUCGAUUUUACUUGGAAUUUCAGAUGAAGCCGCAAAUAUUAAAAAAGCUAUCACUACUGAUUUAAAAUUGAGACAUUUUGGAUGUUAUGCACAUACGCUUAAUUUAAUAGUGGGAGAUGCAUUAAUAUUAAUCAAAGAAGGCAUUUUAAAUAAAGUCAGUAAAAUUGUGACACAUUUUAAGCAAAGUGCAAAUGCUAAAAAUAAAUUAGAUCAUGUUCAACGACAGCAAGGUAAGGAACCAAAGAAAUUAAAAAAAGACAUAGCUACAAGAUGGAAUUCUACUUACUUAAUGCUAGAAAGAUUUGCUGAAUUAGAAGAACCUAUUAGAACAGCACUAGCGUUAAUGGACUCAAUCUCCCUACCGGUAAUACCCACAGAAGAAUGGACGUUCAUAAGAGAACUAAUAAUGAUCCUCAAACCAUUUCAUGACAUAACUGAAUUAAUGUCGCUGGAGAAAUAUGUAACGUUAUCCCUAGUAAUCAUCACCUCCAAUGGAUUACAAAGAUGAUGAGCAGUAGUCAGUUUUCCAAUGAAAUAAGUAGAAAUUUCAUUGGAAAACUACUAGAAAGUAUAAAAUCUAGGUUAGGUGAUUUGGAAUCCAGCAAUACAUUGAUAAUAUCUACAUUUUUGGAUCCCAGAUUUAAACAUGUAGGUUUAAGCCAGGAACAUCUGAUAGGGCGAAAGAAGCCGUUAUUGGCUUAGUGACUCAAAAUAUAAGAGCAAAAUCUACAAUAAGUGAACAUGAAGCGGGAGAAGUGGCAACUGAGAGUACAUCCAGAACAGUGGAGUCAGAAACUAAAAAGCCGUUAUUUGAUAUAUGGAAACAGUUAAAUAAGUCAGUGUCAUCUUAGCCAAGAUUUAAUCAAAGUCCGCAAGCACGUGCCAUUGUAGAAGUUAACCGAUACCUGGAAGAAGAAAUCUUACAUAGGAAGAUCCUCUAAAAUGGUGGGCAAAUCGUGCUUCAGUUUUCUCAAACUUAAGCCAUGUUGCUCGAAGUAAGUUUGGUACAGUUUCUACUGCAGUCGAAUGUGAACGUAUCUUUUCAAAAACUGGAAUAAUUAUUUCAGAGCGAAGAAGCCGUAUUAGUUUAGAAAAGGUUAAAAAGAUAAUGUUUUUAAAUUCAAACCAACA